AUGAUGGAUGGGGAGAGUCUGAAGAACCUGCUCACCCUGGGAAGAAAAAGACUUAGUGGGGAUCAUGGGGCCCCUUUCAGCUAUCUAAAGAGUAUUAACGGAGAGGCUCUUCUCGGAGGUGCCCAGUGACAGAACGUUACCCCUCCCUCAAAGAUGCAUUGCCAAAAUGAUUGCCAACUGAGACAGCUCUGCCUUCCACCUCCCACCAUCUUGGUGAGGAGUUUUCCCGUGAAAAAAUGUACGGAUCCCUGUGGUGCUGUCUGUAACAUCCAGCGCUUGUCUCCGUGUGGGGAUCCCUGCUACUAUGCUAGGAUUCCUCAGGGCACCACCACUUACGUGAACCUGGGUAAUCUUGGUGUGACACAGACUGCCAGGUGCGUGGAUCCAUGCUGCCUCGGAGUCACCACGUGUGUACCUCCGUGCUGUGAGGAAGUGACCAAGUGCACAACCACACGUGCAGACCCAUGCUGCUGCAAAGUGACUGAGUGCACCACCAGAUGUGAAGAUUCGUGCUGUGAGGAAGUGACCAAGUGCACCACUACAUGUGUGGAUCCAUGCUGCAAGGAAGUGACCAAGUGCACCACCACGUGCGUGGAUCCCUGCUGUGACAGAGUGACCAAGUGCACCACCACGUGUGUGGACCCCUGCUGCAAGGAAGUAACCAAGUGCACCACCAGAUGUGUGGAUCCAUGCUGCAAGGAAGUGACGAAGUGCACCACCACGUGCGUGGAUCCCUGCUGUAGUGAGGUGUCUAAGUGCACCACCACGUGUGUGGACCCCUGCUGCAAGGAAGUGACCAAGUGCACCACCAGAUGUGUGGAUCCCUGCUGUGGACCUGUGACCAGAUGUGCCACCACAUGUGUGGAUCCCUGCUGCAGCAAAGUGACCAAAUGCACCACAACAUGCAUGGAUCCGUGUUGUGGGGAAGUGACCAAAUGCACCACAAGGUGUAUAGAUCCAUGCUGUGGAGGUGUCACCAGAUGCACCACUAAAUGUGUGGAUCCCUGCUGUGACAGAGUGACCAAGUGCACCACCAGGUGCAUAGAUCCAUGCUGUGGCAGAGUGACCAAGUGCACCACCAGGUGUGUGGAUCCCUGCUGUGGUAGAGUGACCAAGUGUAUCACCAGAUGCAUGGAUCCCUGCUGUAGUGAGGUGACCAAGUGCACCACCAGAUGCGUGGAUCCCUGCUGUGACAGAGUGACCAAGUGCACUACCACAUGUGUGGAUCCGUGCUGCAAGGAAGUGACCAAGUGCACCACCACGUGCAUGGAUCCCUGCUGUGGAGGUGUGAGUGAAUGCACCACCACGUGUGUGGAUCCGUGCUGCAAGGAAGUGACCAAGUGCACCACCACGUGCGUGGAUCCCUGCUGUGGAGGUGUGAGUGAAUGCACCACCACGUGUGUGGACCCCUGCUGCAAGGAAGUGACCAAGUGCACCACCACGUGUGUGGAUCCAUGCUGUGGAGGUGUGAGUGAGUGCACCACCACGUGUGUGGAUCCGUGCUGCAAGGAAGUGACCAAGUGCACCACCACGUGUGUGGAUCCCUGCUGCGACAGAGUGACCAAGUGCACCACCACAUGCGUGGAUCCCUGCUGUGGGGGUGUUCAGGCUGUUACGAAGUGCGUGGAUUCCUGUCCCACCACCUGCGUCACACAAGCCACACCCCUGCAUGGGUGUAUGCACCUCUCCCUGUGGUCGGGUCUACUCCAUCACAUGUGCAGAUGUCUGCUGUCGUAA